AUACGCGAUUUUUGUUGAGUUCUGAGGACCAUGAAUAAGUUUUGUUCAGAAUCCAUUGUCUUUCGUCCAUGUGCCAUGGUUCUUGCUAUGUAUGAAUUGCGAUGAGAGGAUGCAUGGAUAAGAAGAUUUUCGGACCUUCUGUUUCUGUUAUUUGAUUGAAUCAUGGUGGCUCCCAUCAGUAAUGUUCGUUUCCUAAAUAUGAAUAAUUUUACUGGGUUAGGUUGCCAUUCUCCUUCGCUAUUUCAGACUAUAAUGAUAUGGAAGCCCUGACGCUCAGUUGAUACCUUUGGUGCAAUUCAACUGCUGUUGUUAGUUAAGAUAGUCUAUAUACAAUCGUAGCCCUUGAUAGUCAUAAACUAACAGCUCCUCUUUUAAGAAAGACAUUUGUGGCUUGGUGGUUUAGAUGGCAAGGGUAAGAGAUAGAACAGAGGAUUUCAAAGAUGCUGUACGACAGAGUGCUCGCUCUUUGGGGUAUGAUGAGGCCAAAUUGGCAUCAGUCAUGGCUUCUUUUAUCAUUCACAAACCUCGGCAAAGGUCACCAUUUACUAAAGCGGCACUGAAGACGCUUGAGAGUAUUGGAGAAUUGGACCAGUUCUUGUUGAAGCACAGAAAGGAUUAUACAGAUCUGCACCGCACAACUGAACAGGAGAGAGAUAGCAUAGAACAUGAAGUCAGUACUUUUAUUAAAACUUGCCAACAGCAAAUUGAGGUUCUAAAAAACAGUAUUAAUGAUGAAGAGGCGAACUCAAAAGGCUGGCUUGGCAUUGCAGCUGCGAAGUCUAAUGUGGACACUAUAGCCCACAAACACGGGGUGGUUCUAAUUCUGAGUGAGAGACUCCAUUCCGUAACUGCUCAGUUUGAUCAGCUCAGGGCUGUGCGCUUCCAGGAUGCUAUUAAUAGAGCUAUACCACGAAGAAAACUUAACCGUAUGACCAAAAAGGAUUCUGCAGAAGCUUCAAACUCAGGCAGUAUGGAGCUCAGAGAACCUGAUGAAUCACGCAAUGAACCUCUAAGAGUCCAACAGCAACUCUUGGAUGAUGAAACACGUGCUCUUCAGGUGGAAUUGACUAGUCUUCUAGAUGCAGUUCAAGAGACUGAAACAAAGAUGGUGGAAAUGUCUGCACUGAAUCACUUAUUAUCGACCCAUGUUCUGCAACAAGCUCAGCAAAUUGAGCUCCUAUAUGACCAGGCUGUUGAAGCCACCAAGAAUGUGGAGCUUGGUAACAAAGAACUGUCCCAGGCCAUUCAGCGGAAUAGCAGCAGCAGAACAUUUCUUUUGUUGUUUCUUUUUGUACUUACUUUUUCUGUCCUCUUUCUUGAUUGGUACAGCUGAGCACAUUGCAUUUUUCCUUAGUAAUGUUAUUUUCACAGCACUUGCUUUAUUUUCCCGGUCAGUUAAAUAUCCCAGUGUUAUUUAUCCUCUGGGAAGAUAUGCUUGUCCAGAUUUGGUGUAUACACGAGGUGGAAGAAAUGUAAAUACAUUGAAAGCUAUUUAAGUGAGAAAUUUAUCUGGGUGGAAGAAACUUGAUGAUGCCUUGCUAGAGUCCACUCAUAUUUGGGUCCGCUGUUUUUUUGACCACUUGUAAUUUGAGUUAGCUGGGAUUUGGAUGAACGUCAAUAUACCAUAUAUUAUUCAUUAA